AUGGAUCGCAAUAAACCUCCCGAUCCCGAUCCUCCCGACAUCUCUGCAUAUGCUCCGCUUUCCCCUAACUAUCCUUUAUCCCAAUUCGCCGAUGUUGCUUGCAGCAUCGCGGACUCCCAGAACUUAUCUGCCUCGAAUGCCAGGAAACGCUCCGGAGAUGAUGCAAACAUUGUCGUGGCAACCCCACCACCGAAACAACAAAGGAAUUUAGUCGGCCGCAGCAGGUACUCUGCUACAGAUAAGGCACCGUUCAUUGUCCACGUCUCUCGAUUGGAACCCCAGCCUAAUGCCGGUACAUCUCUGCAUCCUGUUACCUUUGGAAUAUUUCUCCAAAAACAGAACAUAGUUAACAUUGUCCGUGAUGGAGUUAAAAAAGUUGGCAGGAACCGUGUUUCUGUGGAAUUUAAAUCCCCUCAGGAUGCAAAUGCUUUUCUAAUUAAUAACAUUCUUCCCAAGAAUAGCUUUGUGGCCUCCAUCCCUACGUUUAAUAUAACCCGUAUGGGUGUUGUUACUGGUGUUCCUACUGAUUUAACUGAAGAGGAAGCCCAAAGAUACCUACAAGUCCCCUCAGGUUGCGGUGAAAUUCUCAAAGUUCGUCGUAUAAAUAGGAAAGUGAUAAUUGAUGGAGUGACCGAAUUUAAAUCCACAGAAACAUGUGUCCUUACCUUUGACGGUCAGGUGUUACCGCCAAGGGUGUUUUGCUGCUACACUUCCCUCCCAGUCCAACAAUAUGUUUAUCCCACCAUCCAGUGCCGCAAGUGUUGCAGGUAUGGUCAUGUGGAACUUGUGUGCCGGUCUAAACCCCGCUGCAGUAAAUGCGGCCAUGAUCACCCUGGUGAUGGUUGCAGCAUUUCUGAGGCGGAGGCAUUCUGUGUGCUUUGCUCGGGGAAUCAUUUUGCAAAUAGCAAAUCAUGCCCGGAGCUGGGCAGACAGAAGGCCAUUAAGACUGUUAUGGCUGAGAAGUCCCUUUCUUAUGCUGAGGCUAGCAAAACUGUCCCACUUGCUUCUCGCAACUAUGCGAAUGCUACAAAAGCAGUUCCCACCUCCACUCAGUCAUACCGCAAAACCGUUUUUCUCAAGCCGAAGACCCAUGCCCCUCUAUCUCCCUCUUAUGAUAAAGCUGCUCAUCAGCAAAUUAUUAACUCCCCUGCACCUUCACAGCCUGACGGCUGCGCUCUAAAUAAUCCAUUCACCGGCAAUAAUGCUUCAUCAAUUAUAGAAGUUCUUAUUAAACUCUUAACUACUAUUGUAUCCACUAAUAAUGCUGAAAUACCGUCCAACGUUGCCUAUCAACUACACAGGUUCUUAGCUACUAUUAGAGAUAUUCUGAACAACAUUGUAGGACCCGUGCUUGUCAUGGGUGAUUUUAACUGUCACCAUUUUAGAUGGGGUUCCAAUCGCUGUGAUUCCUUUGGGGAAGGUUUGGUAGAAAUCUUAGAUGACCUAGACCUUUGCAUCCUAAAUGAUGGUAGUCCUACUCGUAGAUCCCUUCCCGGUCAGCAAAAGAGUUGUGUAGACCUCACAUUCUGUUCCGUAGAGUUGGCGGCAUCAAUUCAUUGGCAAUGUACUACCCUUACGCAUGGUAGCGACCAUUACCCCAUUGUUAUAACUUUUCUUAAUAAAACUUAUUUAGAGAAAACUUCUCCUCCACUAUUGAAGUACAACUUGUCCAAACCCGAUUGGUCGAGGUUUGCAUCUUUACUGGAGGAGAAAAUUAGUAUGCUUCCAAAUUUAACUUCAAGUUCCCAAGAUUUUAAUGGUCACUGCCAUGCUAAGAACUGCUACGAUGGCUUUAUCUCGGCCAUUAUUUCAAGCGCAGAUUCUAUCUUUCCGUUGCGCAACUGUGCCAGAAAUAAGAUCCCGUCACCCCCAUGGUGGGAUCAAGAAUGCACAUCGGCUGUUAAAGAAAGGAAAGAGGCCGAAAAACAGUACAAUGAUGCGAUGAAUAACGACAAUCUUAUACGGUACAGACGAGUGUUGGCUCAAUCUCGGCGGCUUCUUCACAAGAAGAAACGUCGAGGUUGGGUCAAGUUCUGCACUUCUCUGUCCCCUUCCACUCCCAUAUCAGCAGUAUGGAAGAGCAUUAAUCGCUUUAGGCGAGGCUGCUCCCCAUCUAUCUCUUCCCCCAUCACGCGAGAAACUGCUGAAUCCUUUUUCGACAAAAUUGCUCCAGCCUAUGUUCCUUCUUCCUCAGAACUUCUGCUCCCGCCUGUUAAUAUUUUGAAUGAUCCCCUGGAUGAACCCUUUUCAUUGGAGGAACUUGAUGCGGUAUUACGUCAUGUUAGGGAUACCGCCCCUGGCAUGGACGGCAUACCGUAUUCAUUUGCAGCUCACUUCGGUUCUGAUGCUAAACAAUAUUUUUUAGGAAUUAUAAAUUAUUGUUACCAAUUUGGUUGGGUCCCUGACCAGUGGAAAAUUCAGAUAGUCAUUCCUCUUUUGAAGCCCGGCAAGACUGCUGAUGAUCCGAAUGGCCUUAGACCAAUUGCGUUGUCCUCAGUUUUGGCCAAGUUACUUGAACAUUUAAUUAAAAACAGACUUGAGUGGUUGGUAGAGUCGAGGGAUUUACUGCCGAGUCAUCAGUUUGGCUUCAGAAAGGGGCUGAGUACCAUGGACAGUGUGGCAAUUCUGGUUACCGAUAUCCGUACAGCCUUUUCCAAAAAUGAAUCUGCUGUAGCCGCAUUCCUUGACAUAUCUUCCGCAUACGACAGCGUCCUUCUUCCAGUUCUCAGGCAAAAAUUGCUACAGCUGAGGAUUCCGGGUAAGAUGGUACAAUGUAUAUGCGCACUCCUCAUGUCUCGCUUUUUGAUGCUCAGAGUGCAGGGAGAGGUAUUUGAGGUGAGACAAACGUGGAAGGGCCUUCCUCAAGGUUCAGUUUUAAGCCCUCUACUGUACAACCUGUACACAGCAGACAUCGGCUCCUGCCUCAAUUCUGACUGUCACCUUCUACAAUACGCCGACGAUCUGGUGUUGUAUGUAGUCAAUCCGUCAAUUGUGGACGCUGCCUCAUCUCUCUGUCUCUCCCUGGACUCUCUGCACACAUGGCUUUUGGACCAUGGUCUCCAAUUAUCUGCCCCAAAAAGCUCGGUAGUGAUUUUCUCCCGAAAACUGCUGAUCCCUCAGGUUUCCGUUAACAUCCAAGGACAAGGCAUCCCCAUAGCGAAAAAAGCUAAAUUUUUAGGGGUUUACUUAGACUCCAAAUUAACCGGCGUUCAUCACAUUAAUUAUUUAAUUAAGAGAUGCGAAAGAGCAAUCUCCAUCCUAAAAGCUCUCGCAGGUGUCUGGUGGGGGGCCCAUCCCUUCACUAUGAAAUUAGUUUAUAAUGCCUUAGUCCGCAGUAUCCUGGACUAUGGGUCACACCUGGUGAUUCCAGUGUCGUCCUACUAA